AUGAAUGAGUGGGUGGGCCCCGACAUCAACAUGGUGGGACCGUUGCAAAUCCCACCCAACGAUGGAUUCUCCCUCUCAGAGAGCUCUCACUUGUACGAUAUUUUGGCCGACCAAGGGAGUCCUCUGCUGCAGGAACCAGACGUCUUACCCUUCACUAGCUAUCCCAGUAUGCAGUACCCAUCGAUGGAGCCAACCAUGUCUUCCCCGCCAUACUACUCCAGUCAGAACUACUACCCUCAGUACAGCGGAGAGGAGUGGUACUCACACACAGGGAUGUACGAAUUAAGGAAAGGACCCCUGGAGGUUACCUAUGACGCUGAGAUGGAGGAGGUGUCACCUGUGACGCCGGCCGUGUGCAAGAGGACCCGGCACAUGUCAAAAGCUGGAAGGGUCAAAGGAGAGGAACUGUGUGUAGUGUGUGGGGACAAGGCCUCCGGAUACCACUAUAAUGCUCUCACCUGUGAGGGAUGUAAAGGCUUCUUCAGACGGAGCAUCACAAAGAAUGCUGUGUACAAAUGCAAGAGUGGAGGAAACUGUGAGAUGGACAUGUAUAUGCGCAGGAAAUGCCAGGAGUGCCGACUAAGGAAGUGCAAGGAGAUGGGCAUGCUGGCGGAGUGUCUGCUGACAGAGAUCCAGUGUAAAUCUAAAAGGCUGCGGAAGAACACCAAGGCCUCCCCAGCAGAGUCCACAGGCGACGAGACAGAAGCGGCUGACAACGGAGACAACAAACAGGUCACCUCUACAACCAAACUGCCCAAGGAGAAAGUUGAACUCACACAAGAGCAGCAGACACUGUUGAAUUUCAUUGUUGAUGCUUACAACAAACACCGAAUUCCUCAGGAUAUGGCCAAAAAACUGCUACAAGAGCAGUUCAACACAGAGGAAAACUUCAUCCUCCUGACAGAAAUGGCAACAAGUCAUGUGCAAGUUCUGGUGGAGUUUACCAAAAAUAUUCCAGGCUUUCUGACUCUGGAUCAUGAAGAUCAGAUUGCCCUGCUGAAGGGCUCGGCUGUGGAAGCCAUGUUCCUGCGUUCGGCUCAAGUCUUCACCAGGAAGAUGCCCCAGGGACACACAGAGCUGCUGGAGGAGAGGAUACGCAGGAGUGGUAUAUCUGAGGAAUUCAUGACGCCCAUGUUCAACUUCUACAAAAGUAUUUGUAACCUUCAGAUGAUGCAGGAGGAACAGGCUCUGCUCACCGCCAUAACCAUCCUGACACCAGAUCGGCCUUAUGUAAAGGAUCAGCGGGCUGUCGAGAGGCUUCAGGAGCCCGUGCUGGAUGUGCUGAGGAAGUUAUGUGCCCUGCAGCAUCCACAGGAGCCGCAGUACUUUGCUCGCCUUCUGGGACGACUGACUGAGCUGAGGACACUCAACCACCACCACGCAGAAAUGCUCACAUCAUGGCGAAUGAGUGACCACAAAUUCACCCCACUGCUCUGUGAAAUCUGGGAUGUACAGUGA